AUGCGUGUGCACAACGCUGUGUGGGCUUUUGCUGAAAGCUCUGGUAACGAUUGGGCUCGGGAUUAUGCACGUGAACGGAGAACUAAGUCUGAACCGGAUCGCCAGAAGAAAGACACAAAGUGGCUCGUUGGGCACGGUGGCAAGCGGCUCCGGGAUCUCUGGUUUGCUCUCCCUGUUGACCAACGGCAGUUGCUGAUGGAGCAGACACCCGACAGUUCAUUUCCUGUGGACACGGAUGGAGUUUGCGACGAGCGCAAAACCCCCAGAGCACAGCGAGGAGGGAACGUGGUGACGGACAACAGUUCUACCCACCGGACGAAUUCAGCCAGUACGACUGUGGGCAACGGCUCAGCAGCGACUGGUUUGCAAAACAAACUCGUCAUUAUGCGAUCGGCUCGGGCCAACUACCAUCGUAUCGCCUCUGAUGAGCACAUGAUCAAGCUUCAAACAGCGUACGACCAUGGGAAUAUAGGUGGUGUCGUCGACGCACUUGUUCGAAGUGUAGCGCACGCAAUUCACUUAGCUCGAUCCCAGGAUCGCACCUCAACCGUCGAGGAGACGUAUCAAGCGGUAUGCAUACGAGUUUCAGAUGUGCUUCGUCCGGCGCUGAACAUGACGCGAUUCGAGCCCGAGUUCCAAUCUGACCCCCUCUCACCGGAGUUUGCAGCGGCUAGGCUGGCGAAGGCGCUAAAAGGGUAUCGGAGUGGUGUCGUGAGUGUUCACGACGAGUUCCGAGCGCAGGGGGUGGUGGCUGAUCCGGAUCGUGCCAUUCUGAAAGUAUCCCACUCACUGUUCGGCAAAGCGGAUGGAAUUCCAUCUCUUCAGACGCAAGGUUUUAGUGACGCGGUGAUCUUGUUUGCAACGAUAUCAUGCCGAGUAACUAAAGCGGAUUGA